AUGGGUCUCCCUCAAUUAAAUCGCUUAUCGAGAACACUCGAAAAGCGCAAUCUUUCCAGUCAGAAAACUAACCAUUUUCCUCUUCAAUCCCUUGUUCUUCCUUCCACGUCCACUGUAGAAAUUUGCUAUCUGAUACCCAUCCAAGAUCAAAAUCCCAUUCACAACUUAGUGACCCCCGUUCAAAGUUUCACUGGGUUCCUUCCAAAUCAUUAUGGCAAUGCGUCUUUUCUUAUGGAUUGUAGAAAUUUUAGCUUUUACAGAUCGAUCCAUGCUGGUUCAAUGCAUGCCCAAUUUGUUAUUGAUCCCAAUAACCAAAAUCCAGAUUUAGAAACCGUCCGAAUUGCCCAAAAUGCAGGGAAACUCUGCAAGAUUCUCUCAAAUCAUCGCAAUUCUACGAGUAUAGAAUCUGCCCUGAACUCUGCUAGAGUUGAGGUAUCCCCCACUCUGGUUGUGGAGGUUUUGAAGAAGCUCAGCAACGCCGGCGUUCUCGCUUUAUUGUUCUUCCGGUGGGCCGAGAAGCAAAAAGGGUUCAAGUACACUUCUGAGGGCUACAAUGCAUUGAUUGAAGCUCUUGGGAAAAUUAAACAGUUCAAGAUGAUAUGGAAUUUAGUGACUGACAUGAAACAAAAAGGCAUGUUGAACAAAGAAACUUUUGCGUUGAUUUCACGGAGAUACGCGAGAGCAAGGAAGAUUAAAGAAGCCAUAGAGGCAUUUGAGAGGAUGGAGAGUUUUGGGUUGAAGCCGGAAUUGUCAGAUUAUAACCGAUUGAUUGAUACUUUGAGUAAGUCCAGACACAUUGCGAGGGCACAACAGGUGUUUGAUAAAUGGAAGAACAGAAAACUUAAGCCCGAUAUCAAGUCGUAUACAAUACUCUUGGAAGGUUGGGGUCAAGAACAUAAUUUGCUGAGAUUGAAUGAGGUUUAUCGUGAGAUGAAGGACGAUGGGUUUGAGCCGGAUGUUGUAACUUAUGGAAUUGUGAUCAAUGCUUAUUGUAAAGCUAAGAAGUACGAUGAAGCAGCUGAAUUAUUUCAUGAAAUGGAAGGAAAAUGUAUCAAGCCAAGUCCACACAUAUAUUGUAUUUUGAUCAAUGGUUUGGGUUCUGAGAAGAGGUUGACUGAAGCUCUUAAGUUUUUUGAGUUAUCCAAGGCUAGUGGUGAUACUCUUGAGACUCCCACUUAUAACGCGGUUGUGGGGUCUUAUUGCUGGUCUCUGCGAAUGUAUGAUGCGUAUAGAGUGGUUGAUGAGAUGAGGAAAUGUGGGGUUGGUCCUAAUUCGCGAACAUAUGAUAUAAUUCUUCAUCAUCUUAUAAAGGCGAGGAGAGCUAAAGAGGCAUACUCUGUUUUCCAGAGAAUGAGCAAUGAACCGGGCUGUGAACCAACUGUAAGUACUUAUGAGAUAAUGGUGAGGAUGUUCUGCAAUGAGGAGAGGAUGGAUAUGGCAGUGAAGGUUUGGGAUCAGAUGAAGACUAAGGGAGUUCUUCCUGGAAUGCAUAUGUUCUCGACGUUGAUUAACAGCUUUUGCCAUGAGAAUAAAUUGGAUGAUGCUUGCAAAUUUUUCCAAGAGAUGCUGGAUACGGGUAUUAGGCCUCCGGCUCCAAUGUUUAGUAAUCUGAAGCAAGCUCUUCUUGAUGAUGGGAAGGAGGAUACUGCUAUUAUUUUGAGUGAAAAACUUGAGAAACUAAGGAGAACUCCAUUAGUUGGUUGAGGGCUGUAGAAGAUAUGCUGGCUGUUGAAUUAUAGUGACUGUUCAGGAAAAUUUAUCUCCCAACUUUACACAUUAUUGGCCCCUGAUAAU